AUGUCUUCAUUUGAGACCCAGGGUCAGUCUCCUCCUCGUUGUGGCCCACAAUUUCCCAGCCUGGGCCAGGAGCCCCCUGAGCUCAGCAUGUACAGUGACUGCUACUACCCUCCUCCUUCCUUGCCAAGUCCUCAACGCACCACGCCAACCUCCUACGACUUGAGCGACUACACCAACUCCUCUCCAAACCCUUACCUUUGGUUCAACGGCUCCAGCAUCAACACACCGCCGUACCUGGCCACUACUGGCCCACCUGGUAACCCUGGCCCCCCCUUUGUCCCACAGCAUUAUGGCAUGCAGAGGCCUUACCUUGGACCUGCUGGGGCUGGGGGUCCAGGAGGGGAGCUGAGCUGGUUUUCUCUCCCCUCACAAGAAGACCUGAUGAAGCUAGUCAGGCCACCGUAUUCUUAUUCAGCUCUCAUCGCCAUGGCCAUCCAUGGAGCCCCGGACAGGAGACUAACCUUGAGUCAGAUCUACCAGUAUGUCGCUGACAACUUUCCUUUCUACAACAAGAGUAAAGCGGGUUGGCAGAACUCCAUCAGACACAACCUGUCACUCAAUGACUGCUUCAAGAAAGUGCCAAGAGAUGAAGAUGAUCCAGGUACAUUUUAAAUUCAGUUCUUUCUUUUUUGGGGGCUGUUUUUCAAAUAUCACCCUCAAGCUAUUAUAAUUGAUUAAUUCUCAUUUCCAGUUUGAAUGUUCACAUUACAACGGCUUGAGUGUUUUAUUUGGGUGUUGCAAUGUUGUAAAGCUACAUUCUUAAUAACUCUUUAUUUUUUUCUUUACAGGCAAGGGCAACUAUUGGACACUUGAUCCCAACUGUGAAAAAAUGUUUGACAACGGAAAUUUCCGCCGCAAAAGGAAGAGAAAGUCAGACUCCCUCUCUGGUGGUGAUGGCGGAGCUCCGGAGUCAGGAGACAGUGACAGGGGCAGCCCCAAACACCCUAACAACCCUGCCUCUCUCAAUAUCUCCCCCACAGCUGACAGGAUCCCCUCCCCUUCGUCAUCAGGUCCAGCACCUUGUCUCAGCAGCUUCUUAUCCGAGAUGUCUGGAGUGACAGCCGGAGCAGCUAACGAGGUGGGGGGUGAUGGGUUAAGCCGGCCCCUGCAGAUCAAUCUUCCCCUAGAUGGGCCUCAUCGACCCCCUCAACCUGGAAGCUUCAGCAGCUUCUCCCCCAACUCAGGUGGCUCAGAGUGGGUACCACAAGUUCCAGCACCCCCUGUGCUCUCCUCCUCUCCCACCCACUCCUCACUAGGCUACAGCAGCUCUAUCCUCAGCCAGUACAGUGGCUCCGGUGGGCAUUUUUACCCUACGCUGAGCUCCACAGGAAUCAUCUAUCAUCGUGAGGGCACAGAGGUCUAA